CGAUGUGAAUAGAUGAAUUUUUGUUAUUAUAACAGAAAGACAUUUGGCAGCUCAAUAUUGUCUGUCAUAAACGACGUUUUCAACAAUCCUUGCGUGGCAAUCAUGGGCCAAACGUGUUCCUGAGUGGUUUUCCAUAUUUGGGAAUGGGGAAAAGGAAGUCACGGCUAGCCAAGUUCAAAAGCUACGGUGCUGACUCAACACAGCUUUAAGCAGGUUCACCAUGGUUCAGAUGGAACAGGGUAGAAAGCUAGAUCAGCUCAGAGACCAUGUCAUGUCUGCGGACGGACUGGAGGAAAAAGUGGAGGUCAACCAGAGACAUCUGAUUGAUAAGAUUCUAGCAAGAUAUUCAGCAGAGCAUGUAGUAUAUCGAGAACUCAUGCAAAAUGCAGAUGAUGCUUCUGCUCAAGGGGUCCAAAUUCUAUUUACUACAGACUCACCAGUCAAGACCGAAGAACCCAACCUCAAAGGAAAGUGUACCAGAUUAAUUAUUAAGAACAACGGUAUUCCUUUUCGACCAGAGGAUUGGGCACGCUUGAAGAGUAUUGCGGAAGGCAAUCCAGAUGAACAGAAAAUAGGAGCUUUUGGUGUAGGAUUUUAUUCCCUGUUUUCCAUUUGUGAGAAUCCAUUCGUUUCCUCAGGUCAACAUUGUAUGGGAUUUUUCUUCAAAGGAGACCAGCUAUACACUAGAAGAGGCCAACUUCAGGAUGAAGAUGUGACACCCUGGACUUCAAUUUUAAUGGACAUGCGACAACCAAUAACGAUACCCGAGAUGACAGGAUUUGCCAAGUUUUUGACUUGCAGCUUAGGCUUUACCGCUAAUUUGAGAGAAAUAUCAGUUUUCGUGGAUGAUCAUCGAGUAUUUCACAUCCUCAAAAGAACAGACGAACCUCGGCCUAUGGCCAUCGAUCACAAACAACUGUUUACUUCGUCAGUACCGGACGGCAUAUUUACACUUGGAUCUGUUAGCAUUCAGAAGGUUCAAUUGGAAGUCGAACGUUUCGUGCCGCCCACCUUCACGAGUUCGCUGAUGUCAGCGUUCAUGCCAAAGGUCCUCCUUGGCGCAUCUUCAGACACGAACGGUACGCCGUUGACUUUUGAAAAGGCCAGCACGUUCUUGAGAGUUGUUACGGGUGUACUCAAAGUCAGUGUCUCGAAAGAAUUAGAGCGAGAAAUGGAACGAUCGACAAAGAAAAAGCCUCCGAAGCAGACCAAUUUCCAGCUGGUCUUCACUGGUCGUGAAGAACUGGAUGUAUCUGAGAACACCAAUAUCGUGUUCCAGGAUCUUGUCCCAUACCCUGAACAAGGACGAAUUUAUAUUGGGUUUCCCACGCACCAGACCACUGGAUGCUGCUCACAUAUGGCCGCCAGAUUCAUACCAACUGUCGAGCGAGAAAGCAUCGAUUUUGCUGAUCGAUACAUAGGAAAAUGGAACCGAGAACUACUAGUCAUGGGAGGCCUAUUAUGCCGAGUUGUCUACAACGACGAGAUGGAACAAAUCCGCAAACUGUACAAAGAGCUAGUUGGCAACGAGGAGCUUGUUGACAAUGAAAAAUUGCUGGAGGAGGACAAAGCGAGUGGUACCGAGAUAACUCCUCGAACAUGGUUAAGACGCCGUGCUUUCCAUGCGCUACAGUCCUUCACCUUCAAGCCUUCCACCCCCAGUAGUAUUGUGAGUCAAGAUCAGGGUUUCUACUUUUACGAAAUGGCUAGAAGCGACAUGCAUGUGAUGACCUCCCACGGUAUACAGCCGCUUCUCAAGACCCGAAGUCUUUCAUCAGAGGACCCUGGCUUGGCAGCGUCAGAUCUUAUCAAUAAGUUCAUCAAGUCCAUUCCAUUAGUGUCCAUUUCCCCAUAUGCUACCGCUGAUGCUCCGCUGCAAAAACUCAAAGCAGAAAAGAAGCUGAAGCCAUUUGGCAUCAGAGACGUGUUUCAAGAACUAGAGUCUCGCUCACUGACUAUUGAUGAAAUGAUCAUAUGCAUGAAAUGGUGGAUCAAUCUUCACGAAAACGCCAAUGUAGGCUACACUAAUGCUGAGACUAAGGAACUAUUGAGUUUACCACAGACCAGACAAAACUUUUUACGGACGGCCAUUUUCACUUACAAAGACGGCACGCCAAUGCAGCUCUCUGCUGUGUCAUCUUUCAUCAACCCAAAGUUGAUUCCUGUAGACAUGCCGCUCCCACAAAAUGUAUUGCCAUUUGAGAUAUCAUGUCAGUUUCAGCACGCUGCUUUGAAGAUUCACUUCGGCUGGUCAGAACUUCAAGUGCUUGAUUGGGUACGCCAUGUUUUCUCCAACCCUGAGCUCGAGACAUCACCUAAAUUCGCCGAGAAAGUGCUGAGCGUUGUAUCUAAAAGCCUUACCACUCAAGCCAAACCCAAUCAGGACAUCAUUAUCAAUUUGCUUAAGGAGAAGCGAUGUAUACCCACCAAGCGAGGCAUGAAGUAUCCUACCGAAGCUUAUUUCCCUACAGUGAAAUUGUUUGAAGAUUUACCGAUCAUGAUCCUUGAGCACCCUCGUGCAAUAUCAGAGACCAUGCUACUUUCGUUAGGUGUUCGCAAGCAUGUAGAACUUCAGCUUAUCUUCGACCGGCUAGUCUCUCAAGGCAAUUGGUCGCACAUUGAACUCGUCAAGUAUCUAGCUUCCGUUCAAAAUAUGCUCUCCACUAAAGAGCUCCAUCGACUUCAAGAAACCGCUAUUUUCCCCAAGGUUGAAGAAGUAGCGAAAGAAGAGACUACAGCGAAUGGAAAAGCUACCAAAGAAGCUGCUACCGAAGCACCACCACCGAAAAGCGUUCCACAACGUUACAAAGCCAAGGAAUUAUAUGCUCCUCUUGUGGAACUAAAGAAUCUCAAGCUCCCAACCAUUAAAUGGGAUUCCAAGUGGAAGCCUGCCAGUGAGGAAACCAAAUUCUUGGAGGUUUUGGGGCUGCGCAACUAUCCCACUCUGGCCAUAUUGCUCAACCAGGCCGCUGAUCCAAAGAAAGGUCAAGCAGAUCGAAAUCAAUCCCUAAAGUACUUCAUUGACAAUUUCGACAAGUACUAUCGAGAAUUUUACAAUCCAUUGACAGCUAUCGAACCCUUUAUUCCUUGUCGCGAUGGAGGAUACUCCAAACCUUCUGAGUGCUUUGGCAAUGCUGAAGCCGCUGUGCUAGGGUUCAAGGUGAUCCAUACAGAGCUAAGUGCAGUGCGUGACAAGCUCGGCGUUCGGGAAGAUCCCGACUCUCCUCAACUGUUGAAAGCUUUCCUGGGCAACAUCCAAACUGACCCUGAAAAUGCUAAGAAUGUCUUCAAUUAUAUGGCCAGUCGAAUCUCGCUGGGACAAAGUACUUGGAACCAAUUGCAAGAUGUUGAAUUCAUUCCUGUCAAAGAUAGUAGAACGACCGCAAAAGAGACGAACACCAUCACGCUAAUGCGACCGACCGAGUGCUACUUCUUGUCAAAGGAUGCUCAAAACGACUUUCACAAGGAACUCUUUGUGUUUAUUGAUUUCGGUGACGUUGCAAACACAUUCUUGCGUUGUUGUGGUGUGAAGAACGAACCAACAACGUUGGAACUUGCACAAAUGAUGGUUCGAAAUCCACAACUGUAUUGGAAACUAUCCGGCGGUGGAGAAAAUUACCUCAAUGUGUUGCGGCAGAUUGCCAACCAGUUUUACCAGAUAAAACGAAAUAGAUCCUUAAUCGACAAGAUGCGCACGGCAAAAAUAUUGGUUGGUUAUCGACAACUAGAGCCUGAUGGUAGCAAGACGAGUGACAAGACAGCUACUUUCGAGUAUUGUCUUGUGAGUGCCAACUCAGUGUAUAUUAACGAUGAUGCCAACGGGUAUCAUCUAUUCUCUCCUAUCUGUGCGCCGAUGGAUCCAGUCAUAGAGGAGUUGUAUAAGGAACUCGGCUGUGUAAAGCUAUCUACGCAAAUAAGAGAAGCUUCCAGCUAUGUGGGACCGGUCCAAACCACUCCAAGAUCAGCCGAUAUUCAAAGCCAAGUAGUUGAAAGAAUUCCAAUCAUUCUCUACCAAGUAUUUGUGGAUGCCCCACAGCGUAAAUCUGAGCUUCGCAUGAGCCAGGAUAAAAUAAUCAGGAAGCUUCAGGUGGUUGAGGCGACCAAAAUCAACAUUACUAGAACCUUUUUGCCCACCGGUCAGAAAAAUGUUCAAUGGACUUCAUCAUGUGGAGAUGUUAACGAAUGCAAGCUUUACAUUGGUGGUAAUAAGGAGAUAGACUACUAUGAUGUAGCGGCUAGUCUUUGUCAUAUCCUUUUCCGACGUAUCGGAUUUAAUGACGCUAUUAUCUUUGAACGAUACCUUGUGGCCAGUUUGGACAAUUUGAGGAGCAGAGGAGUUCCCGUUGAUCGUAUCCUCAACACACCAAAGGUCACCAAGCCAGCCGUCGACAAUUUUAGCCAGUCUCUAGGGGAGGUUGAGGUAGAAGAUCAAAAGUCGUCCAAACAAUUGGAUGAAUACACGAAGAAGGUCCAAGACGUUUUCCCUGACUGUGAUCCCAACUUCAUACGGUCCGAGUUGCAGAAAGAGAAGCAAGAUCAUGUUGCAAACGUCGUCAACAAGCUUUUGUCUACACAAUACCCCAAGAAUACCAAUCCUGCACCACCAGCACCACCAGAGUUUCAAAAACCUGAUGGCCAAGUCCAAAAACCAGAAGCUCAUACCAAACCUCCAGUUCGCAAGCUCGAGAGCAUUGGUACCAACUUUUUCAACAAGUUUACCAGAUCACGUACUAAAACUGAACAAGAAGAUGGUGGUUCACGAAAACCGACAGAGCAUCAAGAAACUGGACCGCCGCCUAGUGGUGGAAAUGCAGGACCUCCUCCAACUACCACAAAUGGAGCCAAACCCAAUAGCCAAAACCCAGUCAUGGGUGAUAUUAAGAACCAUCAGCAAGUCAUGAAGAGGCAACUCGAACAAGCUAUUAGUGCAUGUCAGUCGAAUUCGGCGCAAAGCGUCUUCUCUCCACCUACGACGCAUAACGUGCAAGAGUACUGUGAUGCGACUUCAGGACAGAAUUUGAAGUACGUAGCAAAAACCAAGGGAUACGAAUUCUAUGUACACAACGAUGUCAAUGGACCCGUUGUCCUGCAGCAAUAUGAUGCUCAGCUAGGGCAUUUCAGCAGUGUGAUUGGCGUUCUUGUUGGCGUCUUCAACAUUGAUGCUCUUGCUAUUCAUAUAUUUUAUGAUACGACUGGGAACACCAUUGCGUUUUAUCGAAAUGGAAGUUUGUUUUUCAAUUUGAGAUUUUAUCUCAAUUUGCACGACGCACCGUCCGCGGCCCCAGACACUCAAAUUCGAAGGACAAAACGCCGAGAUGCCUUGAAGUUUUGGUACAUGACCAUGUGUCACGAACUAGCGCACUGUUUCGAAGCUCGUCACAACGCGCAACAUGAGUACUACGUAGAGUCGUUUGCCGAGAUGUAUCUUGAUACAUUCAUUGACAAGCUAAUGGCCUUUCCGGCAAGCUAGUCAGCCAACUCUAUAACUUAAUACUAUUUUGGUCCACACCAUCCAAUCUUGUAGACGUACUUUUUAAUUUUUUUAAUUUUGUAGUUCUAGCUGUAUGAAUAUUGCAAAGGGUGGCGUAGAGAUAUCAAAAGCAACAUAAUAAAUCUAUGCAUCUUCUUCUGCAAGGCGAGCCUUGUCGAGUACGCGCAUGCGUCGUUUAUAACUGAAAUUGUACAAAGAAGACUCGUUAGUUCGACAAAUCAAACAUAGGUUUGAGGGAAAGACGCGGUUCAUGGCUGCGGUAUCGAAACCUGGAUGGAAUCCAUGGAACCGGGGCCCAUCACCUCAGAAAACAAUGCACG